AUGAUUGGACCGCGUGGCGCAAUGGAGAAAUGCGGUUCUCUCUCUCUCCUCUCUCUCUCGCUGUAUUUGGAAGAAUCGGGCAAAGGACACAGAACAAGUCAGGAAAGGACGACGGUCGCACAGAACGACAAUUUCUGCCCGCCAGCCUUCCUCGGAAUCAACUCUGCUUCCUUCUCGGCUGUUUGUCAAUCAUUUAUGGAUGCGGAGAACUGUGCAACGGGCCACUAG